GGAGGUCUGACGGGCACUAAGACCCGGCGGCCGCCUGGCUCCAUGCAGCAGCAGCUCCGCCGCUGUGAGGACCAGCAGAAAUCUGCAGCUCGCUCCCAGAAUGAAGAGAUCAAAAUGAUGCUGCCUCUGAAAAGGGAUUAAACGUAAGCAAUCUGUCGUCAGCUGCGGUAAAUCCGCGGCUCCUCACUUGUUCCACUUGUGCGUGCACGUAUUUUUUAUUUAUUUGUAUUCUAUUCCAAUGAGCAAUCAUCUGUGAUCUGUGCGUGUUAGGGUUUUUUUUGCAUUGUUGCAACUGCAGGCGAGCUAAUGACAGAUGCAUCGUGCUCACUUUCUCCGUUGCAUUGGACGAGCUUUGCAGCGGAUGCAGGCAGGCCUUUAACGCGAGCUGUUGUUUUUGUUUCUCUCCAUCUGCCCGGUCUAGUCUGAGCGCCACCUCGCGAGGAAUCCGGCUGCAGAUUUCGCCAAACCCUCCCCCGGUGGUGUUUGAGAAAAGCAGACAUGCCGUCGCUGAGCAUCCGUCGCGACGCUUGACUGACCAUGAUGAAGACCGAAUCCACAUCCAAGAGCACCGGCGGCUCGGGCUCUACGCUCAGGAGCCCAUCCCCGCACAGAAACGCGUACGAGGCGGGGAUGCAGGCCCUGAAGCCCGUCAAAGACAAUGCUGCGAACGGGGACCUGCAGGAGGGCCCCCGAGGGCGCAGGUACGGCUCCAAUGUGCACCGUAUUAAGAACAUGUUCCAGCAGAUGCAGACCACAUGCCCAGCCGAUGCGGAGCUGGGAGAGGAGGUCGCCAGGAACGCCGACAAAUCCGUGCGCCUCUCCCUCCCCAGAGCCGGGAGCCUGAACGAAAACGUGGACCACAGCGCGCUGCUGAAGCUCGGAUCCACCGUGUCCGAGCGCGUCAACAAGUUCGACAUCAAGCCGGAGAACGGGCACCAGCGGGCCUCCUCACCCAGCUACUCCAAGCUGCAGGAGACCCGCCGCAUCUUCGAGCAGCAGCAGCAGGAGAAGCUGGCCACCACCAGGGUCCUGCUGAAGACAGACAAGGCCUCAGGCUUCCAGGAUGGCAGGUUGGACGUGGUGGCUCGCUUCAACGGCAGCACGGAGUCCCUGGACAGCCUGGACACCAGCGAGGCUGUGUCACCCACAGUCAGCCAGCUCAGUGCUGUGUUUGAACGGGCUGCCGAGCUCCGGAACAACCUCCACCGCCUCUCCUCUACCCCACCGCUCCCUUCCAGGGGGGUCAGCGCCAAGGUGGGUGUGUUGAACUCCAAAAUAAUCACAAAGAGGGUUUGUGCCUUUGCAGCAGGCAACCAGGAGGAAGAGACGAGCAAUCAGAACGGCCAAGAGGGGCCACCGAGGGUCCCCAGGGGGAGGGUGACACCCCCAUCGGAGAGCAUUAACGGGGGCCAAAGUGCCCAGACGACUACUGAACACUACAGUGCUGUAGGAGAGCCCAACGAGCUGAGGGAAAAGACUGUCGCGGAUGCAGGCGUCGAAGCGAAAGCCGAGGUCAAACCCGAGGAGCCGGGCGGCGCAGCAUCUCACCCUGACAUCCGCAUCUCCGUGGAGAAUGGAGAAACCGAGAAGCAAAGCUCCACGAAGGGCGGCGAGAUGCUCAGGCAGGAGGGGGACACGGCUAAGGAUGCUGGCGAGGAGGAAGAGGAGGACAGGACGCUGAGGGACGACCAGUCGGGACGCGACUCUGUGGAUAUCAGUACCUACAGCGCCGUCGGGGAAGACUUUGGAGGAAGCCAGGUGGACGAGGAGGAAGAGGAGGUGGACGACCGCUACGAGCCCGAGUCCAGUUGCGUGGAGAUCGUCGGGCUGCCCGCGGAGGAGGACCCACCGCCUUCAAGGAAGAUCCGCUUCAGCACGGAGCCCAUCAAGGUGUUUGCCACGUACCCCAAUGAAGACUACGACAGGCGCAAUGAAGACGUGGACCCCAUGGCAGCGUCUGCUGAGUACGAGCUGGAGAAAAGGGUGGAGAGGCUGGACCUGUUCCCUGUGGAGCUGGAGAAAGAUGGCGACGGCCUGGGCAUCAGUAUCAUCGGGAUGGGUGCUGGAGCUGACAUGGGCUUGGAGAAGCUGGGCAUCUUUGUGAAGACAGUCACAGACGGAGGAGCAGCACACAGGGAUGGCAGGAUUCAGGUGAACGAUCUGAUUGUGGAGGUGGAUGGGACCAGUUUGGUGGGAGUCACCCAGAGCUUCGCCGCCUCCGUACUCAGGAACACCUCAGGAACUGUCAAGUUCGUGAUUGGGCGAGAGAAGCCGGGAGAGCAGAGCGAAGUGGCGCAGCUCAUCCAGCAGACCCUGGAGCAGGAACGCUGGCAGAGGGAGAUGAUGGAGCAGCGCUACAACCAGUACAUGGACGAACAAGAGGGCGGUGAAUACGGCACAGAUGAGGAAGAGGACGAGGACGAGGAAGUCAGCCCGCCGUAUCCAAGCGCCAUCGAGGUGUUUGACUUGGCAGAGAAUGAGGACAUGUCGCCUCUGGAGACAGACCCUGAGAAACUGGCCCAUAAAUACAAAGAACUUCAGAUAAAGCAUGCUGUCACCCAGGCUGAGAUCCAACAGCUGAAAAGAAAGCUGCACCACGCGGAGCAGGAGAAGCAGCGCUGGCGUAUGGAUAAAGCCCAGCUGGAGCAGACCCUGCAGGAGAACAAGGAGCGUAUGGAGAAGCUAGAGGGCUACUGGAUGGAGGCUCAGAGCCUUUGUCAGGCGGUGGACGAGCACCUGAAGGAGACACAGUCCCAGUAUCAGACGCUGGAGCGCAAGUACAGCAAAGCCAAACGCCUGAUCAAGGAGUAUCAGCAGAAGGAGAUCGAGUACCUGAAGAAGGAGACCCAGCGUUGUGCACAAGUUGGAGCUGAGGCCUCUCUUCUCAAAGAGGAGUCCGGACAUCUCCAAGAGCAGGUGGCUGAUCUGGAGUGCCGUGUCGAGGAGCUGAAAUCUGAACCUUUAUAAAAGCCUUCAGUCCGUUACGUAUCUCAGAAAGCAGAAGAUAGUGUUAUUGUGCUCGCAAUGACCUGCAGGGUAUUUCUUGUCUCCAACCUGAGCUUGGUUUCUGGUCGCAUACUGUACACGUGUCCUCAGGCUUUGUGUUUUGGCCACUUAACCCCCGUUUUUAACCAUUUUUUUGUUAACACGAACGGUUUUAUCAUCACGAACACAGACUCUGUCGAGCUCUAGAUGUGUACUGUUCCUUUUUUCAUUUUCAGUAUUUUAUCCCUUAAUUUGUGUUUUUUUUGUGACAGACCGGGCUGUUGCUUUUAAUUGCCAAAAAAAAAAACCCAACAAAAAAAAACAAAUUUCCUUUAAUUUCUUUCGCCUAGUUUUGUUUUGUACAGACGUGAUACUGUGUGGUUUAACAAUCAGUUUGGUUUGUAAAAAAUUUUAAUAUGUGUAUAACAUUUAACAUAAUAUAAACUAAUGAGAUUGAGGGUUGUUUGUAUAUUUUAUGUGAUGAAGAUGUGUAAAUUGGACGGAGAUUGCACUGAAGAAGAAGACAUCGACAAAGGUGCUUCACUGGAUCGGAGGAAGAAAAACGGGAACAAGUGUUGAAGAGGUGUCUUCGAAAUUGUACAAACAGUAACCCAACCUUCGUAGGGGUCUUGUCACUUAACCUUGAGAACCACCUGCUGCCUACCUUUCAGAAAGUGUUUGUGUUUUUUUUACACAUUAAGACUCACGUGAUGAGCGUCAAACCCUCCGGUUUCAACCCCCUCGCGUCUUUCGAAAAACACAGAAACAAGCCUCCACAAAC